GUAACUGUUGUUUGUAGGGCUUCACUACUGACAGAUGUGUACAGUUUAGCUAUUAAUAUCCACCAAAUAACUUUGCAAUUGCUUAAUCACGCGAUUUAACUUUUAUUUCUUUUUAUCACGUUUAAAAGAGAACAUUUUACUCCUCAAAUCCCAGAUAAUUAUGUUAUAAAUAUAUUCAGAUGUGAUUUAUUUGGCUUUGCGUUUUUCAUAAGAGUAAAUUCGUAAAUAACCUUAAAACGAAAUAAAAUUCGGAAGUGUUUGAUAAGUAGAUACAUAGAAGAAACACACGACUAAUACGUGAGGAAAAUUUGCAGAUUCAUUUUUAAAAUACAUGCAGGCAAAAGUGUCUCCACAAACUGAUGAGGAAGAAGCAAUGCCGCAAGAAAAAGGAACGAAACAUGUUGAAAUACGCCAUUUCGGAGAGUAUGACCGCAUCCGGCUCCCAGCUGAAAUGGUAGUUCGAAAUUCCUCAGAAAGAAUCUCCUUCGUCCCAUCUGAUUCUUCGGAAACAGGAAUAGGAAUAUGUGGAUGGAUUCUGACUGCUCUUUCUAUGCUUAUUGCUCUUGCCACAUUUCCCCUCUCAAUCUUCUUUUGCAUUAAGGUUGUACAAGAAUAUGAGCGUGCUGUUAUAUUCCGUCUUGGUCGACUGCUGCAUGGAGGAUCUAAAGGACCAGGAAUUUUUUUCAUCCUCCCAUGCAUUGAAAACUAUACUAAAGUAGAUCUCCGAACUCUGACAUUUGAUGUCCCUCCACAAGAGGUAUUGACCAAAGAUUCAGUUACUGUAUCGGUAGAUGCUGUCGUUUACUACCGUGUCCACAAUGCAACCGUCUCCGUGGCAAAUGUUGAAAAUGCACACCACAGUACUCGUUUGCUAGCCCAGACUACCCUCAGGAAUAUGCUUGGAACUCAUAACCUGCAUGAAAUUCUUGCUGACAGGGAAACAAUUUCAAACACAAUGCAGAACUGCUUAGACGAAGCUACCGACCGCUGGGGGAUCAAGGUAGAACGAGUUGAAAUCAAAGAUGUACGCUUGCCUGUUCAGCUACAAAGAGCAAUGGCGGCAGAAGCUGAAGCUGCACGAGAAGCUAGAGCUAAGGUUAUUGCUGCAGAAGGAGAACAAAAAGCUUCCCGAGCCUUGAAGGAAGCCGCUGAAGUAAUUGCCCAAUCCCCAGCUGCUCUCCAGCUUCGCUAUCUCCAGACAUUGAAUACCAUCUCGGCAGAAAAGAAUUCCACCAUUAUCUUUCCGCUGCCUAUCGAUUUUCUGAGCCAGUUUUUGCCCUCCAGGCUUCAGGCUGCUUCUGACUGAAGCUACUGAUAAAUCCAGACUCAUGCUUUAAACGUGACAGCCAUUGAGUUUUAUGUUUUGUCUGAUUUCACACGUUGGAAAAAGUUCCACUUUAAUGACCUAAGCACACUCGCUCACGUAAAUGUAUCCGGAUUGUGGCCGUGUAAGAUCUCAGCUGUUGUAUUCAGUGUUUCUCAUUGUUCAAUACCUAUACGCUCGAACACAAACUUAAAACUAUCUUUAAAUGCAGUGAAAGAUUUUUGGAAGUAGCUGUUUAAAAAGGAGCUCAGAAUACAAUUACUUUUACUUAAACAAGUAUUUCUUUUUAAUUAUAUGCUUUAUUUUCAAAAUUGCAAAAGAGUUAAUACUUAAUAGAAUACUACUUUUAUUUUCAAUUUUUAAUGCAAAUUUCAGAACCUUAUUACUCAUAUUAAAAUAAAUGAAUGAAGUACAAAUUUGUGGAAAGUAGUUCAAAGACAUUUUGCAGUCAUCUCAAAAUUUUAGAAAAGGUAAUAGUUCAACUAAUAUAAUUAAUGGUAUUUCUACAGCAAGCAUAUCAUAAAUUAAUAUUACGAAAAUUUAGUAAAUAUGCAGUUUUUUUUUUUUUUUUGCUUAGUUUGGUAAUGUUUAAGAUGAUUUUCCAGAGCAUUUGUCCACACAUUUCUGAAACAUUUGUUUGUACUGGAGACAAACGUAUCACCUGCAGAUAAGUAUAGAAUUCCUGACUCCUUUGCUUUUGUAAAAAUCCAUGGGAAAAGAAAUGCCAUUGGAAAAGAAAUCAAGCAGCUUUAUCAAAACUUUAUGUACUUUUUGGUGACUUAUAAAAUGGCUUUACAUAUAUUAAACUUUAUUUAAAUUUAGAAUUAAAUUAAAAUAUUUCAAUGCUUAGUAUAACAGAAAACUUUUAAUAUAAACGUGUGGGGUUCCACCCUUUUAUCUAACAACUGGAUGUGGAAGAACCUAAUGAACAGCUAAGGGAAUAAUCGCUUUAGUUCAGUAAUAGAGGCGUAAACUCCAGAAGAGUUAAUUAUCUUUUAUUGUUCAAAAUAAGAGUUUCGCAGAAAGCCCCUUUCUCAGGCCGUAUAGCAAAGCCUCCACUUGGCUUGAACUCAAAAUAAUAAGGAUAAGACAUAACUAAAGAGAUAUAGAUAAAGCUAUCAAAAUUCUAAGUGAUUGGCCCUUAAAUAUCGAAUAAGCUAGCGAAGCUAUGAAGGGCCUGUAAUACGACCGAGCACAGUAACAACUUAGAGAGACUUAGCCAAAAGACAAACGCGCGCUAGUCAGAAAGUCUGAGACUCUCUCCCGAAGUCAGUGAAACUUCGACUACUCAUUUGCAUUAAACGCGAUUCUAAAAACAUAUUCUGGUAGGAAAUCCUAAGCUGAAAUAUCUUAUUAGGAAUUAUUAGGCUGAAAUUAGGAAGGACAGGAAAGUAUCUUUAACUAAAAUUAACUGCUAGAAACUUAGGAUAAAGCUUACAAACGUAUUGACAUUUUUUGAACACCCAUUGCAAAAUCAAGUGGACAUGUUAAUAAAAGCAUACGUGUUAUCUACUGAGUAAACGUUUCUUGAGUAGGCAUCACUAUAAAUUCUGUAACAUUUACAUAUAUAACAAAUAUUUUGUUCCUUUUAUGAAGGGAUUCGAACAAAUAUUAAAAAGCUGAAUGAGAAAUUCUUUGCUUUUCGUCAAAACUCCUUAAUUCAGUCCCCACUGAAAAAUUCACUCACGCCAUGAUGCUAUUUCAGUACGUAACAAAAUGUGUGCUUAUGUUAUCUAGGCUUAUAUUUCAGGAUGUCAUAGCUAGCAGAAAAGCAUAGUCACCCUCAUUUGUGAUUUGUUUUUAUUAGAAAAACAAUGCAUAUAUUUGAAGCUUGCUGCAAGCUUGUUGGUUGAGUUCCAAAAAUAUACGACGUACUUUGUUGGUUUAAUAUCAGUUAAGUCCUUUACAAGUACUCUUGUUUAUAUUCCAAGGAACUUCAAGGUUUAAGCCUAUUUAUCGUUCCUCCUAUAAGGUAUUUCUCCCGCCUUCUUAGCGUGACUGCAUGGUGUAGUGGUUCUGCACGCUGGGCCGGUAUUCCAGAGGUCCGUGGUUCAAUUCCCGUCGAAGGCGAUUGCUCAU